AAGGGAACGUGCUGACGUCACCACGCAAACGACCGUGGUGACGUCAUGGCUACAAGGCCCAAUGCAGGCAGCGCCGCACGAGUGCACUGUACCAGGGUGGGUGACUCCAGCUCACUGUACACGCCUCACCGCUUUUUCUAAAGUUAGCGCUGACCCUUAGCGCUGACACUUAGCGCAACUCUCUCGUUACUGCGUUGUGGUCAUUGUAAUCAUCAUUGUGGCGGUGGCGCUGGUAAAGAUUAACAAGGACUACUCUGGAGUUCUGCGCAGGAUACGGUGAGCGAUGAUGGAUCCAUUCCACGAAUCUCUGGGUGAUCGUGAUCCCACCGGAUCGACUCCCGAUCCUGCUCCCAGUGUCUCCCACUCCACGCUCCAAGCAUCGGAAUCCAUCCCGGGAUUUCCACCUCAUCCUGCUCCAAGUGUCUCCCACUCCACGCUCCAAGCAUCGGAAUCCAUCCCGGAAUUUCCACCUCAUCCUGCUCCAAGUGCCUCCCAAUCCACGCUCCAAGCAUCGGAAUCCAUCCCGGGAUUUCCACCUCAUCCUGCUCCAAGUGUCUCCCACUCCACGCUCCAAGCAUCGGAAUCCAUCCCGGGAUUUCCACUUCAUCCUGCUCCAAGUGUCUCCCACUCCACGCUCCAAGCAUCGGAAUCCAUCCCGGGCUUUCCGCCUCCUCAUCAUCCUCCUCAGAACUCCGGGAAUUCUGGAAACUCCAUGUCUUCCGGACUUAAGAUUCCAGAUUAUCCAAAGGGUCCAGGCCCUUCUGUGGGUGAUGGACAGGAAUCGGGGAAUCCCGAUAUUGCCGAUGAGAAAAGUGGUAAUUCUGCCGAGAUUCCAGAAUCUGGGAAUGUGGCACAGGGACUCCCAUAUUCCCAUGAUCGGGAUUCUGAAACUUGUGAGAAAAUGGAUGUCAAUAAUUUAGAGUUUCAGGAAUCUGGGAAUGCUGUAGACCCAGGACAAAGCAAUUCCAGUUAUCAGGAAUCUGGGAAUUCUGAAGAACUGGGACAUAGGAAUUCUGGUUAUCAGGAAUCUGGGAAUUCUGAAGAUCUGGGACAUAGGAAUUCUGGUUAUCAGGAAUCUGGGAAUUCUGAAGAACCGGGCGUUGAGAAUCCCGGCAGUGGGAAAUCUGGGAAUGCUGAGGAUCGGGAGUCUGGGAAUGUGGAAGAUCAAGGAAGCAUGGAGGUUGGAGACUUCUAUGGUGAGGCCUGCAGCCUGUCCUCACCGCCACGCCUCCUGGCCCACUCCACCUCGGAGUUUGCUUCCUCACCCGACAAUUUCCUCAAGGGCUGCCUCUGGGCCCCGGACGGAACUUGCUUCCUGACCAGCAGCGAGGAUAACACGCUGAGAGUUUACAACCUCCCACUCACCACCACCACCACCACCACACUCCAGCCUGAACAGAUGGCCCCUGCUCUGCACAUGCACGAGGCUGAGAGUGUCUAUGACUUCUGCUGGUACCCGCUCAUGAACUCCUACGACCCUGCAUCGUGUGUGCUGGCGAGCACGAGCCGAGACAACCCCAUCCACAUGUGGGACGCGUUCACGGGCCAGCUGCGAGCGUCAUACCGAGCCUACGACCACCUGGACGAGCUGGAAGCGGCACGCUCGCUCUGCUUCUCCCCCGACGGGCAGCACUUGGCGUGUGGCUUCCCCCGCUCGCUGCGUCUCUUCUCCACGGGGCGGCCCGGACGCGACUGUGAGGAGAGGAAGACCAGCGCAGCGGGCGGUGUGGGCCUGGCGGGGAUUGUGUCGUGCGUCUGCUACGACCCCACGGGCUACGUGUUGGCCUGCGGCUCGUACGGCCGCGACGUGGCGCUGUACGGCGCUCGCGAGCCGGCCCUCCUGGGCCUCCUGCGUGGCCACCGGGGGGGACUCACUCACCUCGCCUUCUCGCCCGACGGCCACACGCUCUACACGGGAGGGCGCAAGGACCCUGAGCUCCUGAGCUGGGAUCUCCGAGUCCCAGGCGAGAUCCUGUGCUCCUUCCCCCGCAUCGUCUCCACCAACCAGCGCAUCUACUUCCAGCUGAGCCGGUGUGGCAGCUUGCUGGUGAGCGGUGACACGGAGGGCUGUGUGAGCGCCUGGGACGUGGUGACGUCACGUGGACUGCGGCCUCCCGCCGCCCGCCACAGCCUCCACGCCGACUGUGUCAACGGAGUCAGCCUCCACCCGUGGGAGCCGCUGCUCUUGACGUCCUCGGGCCAACGCAAGUUUCUAGAGCCGGAGAGCAGCUCGGAGGAGGAGGAGGGGGAGGGGGGGGGACAGGGGGGGCCGACCUCUGACCCCGGCGGGAGGUCGCGACCUCUCAUGAGCACGCGUCACGUGACCCGCGACAACUCUGUGCGGCUGUGGUUGUGCCGCGCCCCCGCUAGUGACCUCCCGUGACCCCCUGGUGACCUCCCGUGACCUUCCCCUAGUGACCUCCCGUGACCCCCCCCUGGUGACCUCCCGUGACCUUCCCCUAGUGACCUCCCGUGACCCCCUGGUGACCUCCUGUGACCCCCCCCCCCGUGACCCUGGAGUGACCCGUCACUGUGAAGACUAGUGACCUCUCGUGACCUCCCGUGACCCCCCUAGUGACCUCCCGUGACCUCCCCCUAGUGACCUCCCGUGACCCCCUGGUGACCUCCUGUGACCCCCCCCCCCCGUGACCCUGGAGUGACCCGUCACUGUGAAGACUAGUGACCUCC